AUGGAGGACACUACCUCUCCCCGUGCCAAACAUCGCGCCGAGCAUCUCGCUCGAGACGCUGCAGCCGCAUCGCACGCCUCCUACUACGCUCACCCCGCCCUGCAUCUACACACCUACCUCGGCGGCGACAAACAGCCUGCUGUAGUCGACCGGGAGGGUCAGCUCGUCGGUGCUCUCAACGACCCGGCCCAGCCAAUUGCCCAAGGCCCGGAAGGCUCUGCGCCUCCCACAGGCGCGCCCACCAAGCCCGGCGCUGGCGUCCACAACAUUCCCGGUGUCAACGCCAACACCGAAGCGGACCGCAAAACUGGCAUUGAAGGCACAAAGGAAGAGGAGGGCGGAAAGCAGGAUGCUGGUGCGCCCAGUGGGGUUGACAAGGGUGCGCUGGAAAUUGGCGGAGAGGCUGGAGGGACCAAGACAUCGCCUGGGCCGACUGCCGAACAGGUGCAGCAGCAUCGGGCACAGGUGCAGCAGCAGAAUGGCAACCAUCUGGAUGUACCUAAUGGGCGGCCUGGGCUUGAGAGGCAUCGGAGUGUACAAGGGAGGAUGAACCCGCAUCUGCAAAUGAUGUGCGGGCCUCUGAUCUCGUACUAUACCGUCAAAGACAACAUCUGGCAAGGUGCUGCCAUGGUCGUCAUCCGAAAUGAAGGAUCGGUCCUCAACCCCCCACCUGCCCUUUCUCUCGCCUUCCACCCCUACACCCCUCCUUCUGACGGCCAACCCACUCUCCACGAGCCCGAAGUCCAGCUCCUCCCGCCUGCCACCAUCCCCUCCCAAAACAUAUUUACCUACAAUUCUUCCGAAGGCGCCAUGUCGUUCCACAGAUUCAUUAUCGAGGUCCCUCUUCAACGGAUCCAGACGACCGUGCGGUAUAGCUUGAACGGCGGAGCGGCUAUGGACUUUGUGGUACCAGCUUUGGGGCAGAACUUGCGGUGGGCCGCGCACAGUUGUAACGUAGGAUUCUCUUCCGGUGUCAACCCCGACGACUUUAAGGGUUCUUAUCCCUCUGGUUACGACCCAGUAUGGGAAGACAUGCUUCUCAAGCACCAGGAAAAGGCUUUCCAUUGUAUGGUUGGUGGUGGCGAUCAGAUUUACUGCGACGCCAUCACUCGGGAGCCCGAACUGCAAAGUUGGAUCAAUGCCCCGGAUAGGAAGAGCAAGUUGGCAUCCCCCUUGACUGAUGAAAUCAGACUUGCCGUUGACAGGUUCUACUUUAACCACUACUGCAAGAUCUUCCGAAGCAACGCCUUUGGCCGUGCCAACUCCACCAUCCCCAUGGUCAACAUGCUCGACGACCACGACCUGAUCGACGGUUUCGGCACUUAUGACGACGAAACCCAAGCCUCCUCUCUCAUGUCCCACGUCGGCUCCCGGGGAUACUUUUGGUUCCUGCUUUUCCAGCUCUUUGUCCAUGACGGUUUCGACGGCGUCGAUCACACCCCUGGGACGCAUAUCGUCAAGUCUCUCGUCUUGGGCGACAAGAAUGGACCUUGGAUCCCGCACCCGACACAUUCGCUUCUAGUCUACUUGGGGCCCAAGGUGGGGAUGUUGGCGCUGGAUUGUAGGGCGGAGCGAAAGUUGUCCGAGAUUGUGAGGCCGGAGACGUAUGCAAAGAACUUUGCCGAGGCGCGGAAGAGGUUUGUGGGUAUCGAGCAGUUGGUGCUUCUUCUUGGUGUUCCCAUCGCGUACCCCCGAAUGUCUUUCCUCGAGCAUUUCCUCGAACUCAAAUGGAACCCCGUCAACAUCCUCGCCCGUCACAACGCCAUGGGUCUCGGCGGUAUGGUCAACAAAUUCAACCAAGCCUCCGAACUCCUCGACGAUCUCAACGACCACUGGUGCGCCAACACCCACAAGAAGGAACGCAACUGGCUUGUCCUCGAGUGCCAGAAGAUUGCGCAAGAGACGCAUGCUCGAGUCACGUUCUUGUCUGGGGACGUGCACCUGGCGGCGGUGGGCUGUCUGUAUACGAAGGGGUCGAAGAAGGGGCAGGGGUUGAUGGAACCGGAGAAGGAUUGGAGGUACAUGUUGAAUGUGGUGACGAGCGCUAUUGUCAAUACGCCGCCACCUGGAGGAGCGGCCAAGAUGGUCGCCAUGCUCGGUGGGCAUACUCACCGUACUCUUCACAAACACGACACCGACGAACACAUGUUCCCCCUAUUCAAGACCGACACCGACGGUUCAGCUUUGUCCAAACAAUUCACCCUCGCGCGCCGAAAUUAUACCAUCGUCGAGUACCAACAAGGCGAUGGGAGCUUGAGCUUUGACAUCCGGGUGGAGAAGAGUCAAGGUGCGGGAGAGACUGUCGGGUAUGAGGUCAAGGCGCCCGCGCCGAGGUGGUAG